UCCAGAUGUACUGGCAGACGACCUCGCCACGAAAUUCAUUUUCAUAAGGGUAGAACAUACAAACUUAGCCUUGUUAAUACUGCCGUUACAACUCAAUUCAAAUUUUGGAUUGAUGGUCAUAACUUCACUGUUGUAAAAACAGACUUCGUACCCAUUCAACCAUAUCCAGCCAAGAUUGUCAACAAUGCGAUUGGACAACGCUACGACUUCAUUAUCACCGCAAAUGCUAGCUUCGCUCAUGGCACCAAUUUCUGGAUACAUGCUCGCGACUGCUCAAACUCAGGUCAAAGUUCGACUCUGGGCAUCAUUCGUUAUCAACCUGGAUCUCGGGAGGAUCCCUAUACCCCACCACUUGAUGCAGCUCAAAGUUCUCACGAUUGUUCUGACGAAGACUCAUCUUUGAUCCACCCGAUUGUCACCCGCAACGUCACUAAGCACGUCAAUAGUCUCGGCCCCGCUGACUGGCUAAAGGUUGGACUUCAAGGUUAUCCCAACAUCUCUAUGCCAAUCGCACCGUCACCUCUGAUGAAAUGGAUAUUGGCCAACUCAUCGCUCUACAUCGACUGGCGUGAACCAAGUCUUAAGCUUCUAGCUAUUGACAAAGACCAUGAUUUCCCACCUCAAACCGCUCCGAUCUUCUUGGAUUACGAGACCGGAGAGUGGGUGUAUUUCCUGAUCCUGAAUAAUUUCUCUACUGCGGAAACGCCACGCCAGAGUCUUCCUGGAGUCACGCACCCAAUCCAUCUUCACGGACACGAUUUUGUGAUCCUCGCACAAUCGUAUACUCCAUUCGACCCUGAUGUACCCAUAGUCCCCAAUCUCAAUAAUCCUGCCCGAAGAGAUGUUGCGAUGCUACCCCUAAAUGGAUAUCUUUUGAUAGCGUUUCAGAUCGAUAAUCCAGGUGCUUGGCUGGUGCAUUGUCACAUUGCGUGGCAUGCGAGUGAUGGUUUGGCACUUCAAUUUAUUGAGCAGGCGAAGAAAAUUAAGCCGUUGAUGGAAAAAGCGGGUGUGUUGCCAGGGUUUGAGAAGAGGUGUGGAUUGUGGACGGAAUAUUAUGACUUUGUUAGUGAACCCGCCAAUGCUACUCAAGAGGAUUCUGGCAUAUGA